AUGGCUCAUGGCUACAUUUCAUCAAAAGGGAAUUUACAAGUGGAAGAUGUUGGGAAUGAAAUAUGUGAUGAGUUGCUUCUCAGAUCACUUCUAGAUGUCAAUUACAAGAGUAAGAUCGGAAUGCAUAAUCUCGUUCAUGAUCUGGUGGAGUCAAUAAUGGAGAACAAGUCCCCGGAGUACAAAGUGAAAGAAAUCUCGCAAGUGCUUGUGGCUUUAACAAAAAAGUUUGCAUCCUUGCGUAAUCUUCAAGAUUUAUGUUUGUGGGACUGCGAGUCGUUGUGUGAUAUGCCAUCUACAAUGAGAGUGUUAAAUGGCCUGAAAACAUUGAGCAUGUUUAUAGUGGGUCUCAAGAGAGAUAACCAACUUGAGGAACUGGAAUGCUUGAAUAUCAGUGGAAGACUUGAGGGGUUCUCAAAGGAGCAAGAGAGUAAAGAAGCAUUCCCAAUUCUUGAAAAACUGAGGAUUAAACGUUGCUUUUCAUUAAUAUUGUCAUCACUCUCAUCUCUCAAAAAGUUAGAGGAACUAACGUGCAGUAGUUCAACUUUGGCUUUAUUAUCUGAGCAAGACAUUCCCAGGGAACUAUGCAUCGAAAUUGAGGAGAAUCUGACAAGUUUUCCAAUAGAAAUGCUGGCAAAGUUUAGUAAGCUCCGGUCAUUGACAAUUAAGGACGCGAAAGAGAUCUAUGUGACAAGAGAAGGUCUGCAAUCCUUAAAAGGGCUUACCCGUUUAUUUCUACACGAUUGCAAGACAAUGAGAUGUUUACCGGAAGGGAUGUUGGGGCACCUUACUGGUCUGAAUAUCCUCGAAAUAUGGGGGUGCCCCGAAUUAAUAGAGCUUCCAGAAGAUAUUAAACAUCUCCAUAAUCUUGGAAAGCUUAUGUUAUGGGAUCUUCCUAAGAUAACGCGCUUACCUCAAGCCUUUCAGCACCUCACUUUGCUACAUCUACAUGUAGAUGAUCUUCCGGAGCUGGAAUCACUCCCAGAUCAGCUACCAUCACUUACUAUUCUCGCUGUUAGAGAUUGCCCAAAGGUUGUAUCGAUUCCAGCUGUGCCAAAUCUUAAAGCACUAACAAUCAUUGGAUGCCCUCAACUGGAAAAGCGCUGCCAGAGAGGAAGUGGAGAGGAUUGGCACAAGAUUUCCUACGUUCACCACAUCUCCUUUUCUCUCUUUUCUCUAAUAUAG